UCCUACCAAAUGUCAAAAUUGUCAAUUCCUAAAAAAUAUGAUGUCAGUCUGUAAAACUGCUUAGAAUAGACGUUAAAAAUAUUCACAAUGGAGGUGUAUCAAACUGACAACCACUACAUAAUUCUGGACGGAGAAUACAGCCUGUGGUGCAGUCGCAGACAUGGAACCCUUGAACCCAGGCCAGGAAGUGAGCUGCUCACAGCCUGGAACCCUGUGUGUAUUGGACUGGUGUAUGGUGUGGUCGGAAAAAUCAAGAUUCAUCCAGAGUCAGAGUGGCGUCUACUGUUGGUGAGUCGUCAAACGUGUGUAGGACAGCUGGGCGGGGAACACGAUGUCUACCAGAUCAACCGAGUUGCUCUUCUACCUCUUUCGACAACUGAGCCUGCCGACAUGGAACUGGACUUAUGUGCCAAGCACCAUUUUGGUUUGAAGCGUACAGACCGUAUCGCCCAGCAUCCUGAGGGACAGGGGAAGUCACUCCAGAAGGCUUGGAACACUAUGAAGUCUGCUGCAGAAAAUGUAAAACCAAAAAAGAGAGACUUGAAAGACAAAGAGAAGUAUGAAAGGAGGAUUUUAGAGGAGCUGCUGAAGAUGUACAAUGAGACGAGCAGUUUCUACUACAGUCAAACGCACGACCUUACUAACUCCAUCCAGCGCCAGUACGCCCCCACAUACCACCUUGACCUUGAACUCUGGACACGAACGGACAGACGGUUCUUCUGGAACUUACACAUGCUGCAGGAAAUUAUUGACAUACAGCCUUCCCUUUCGGACCCCUCACUCGCUGACCACUGGCUAGUUCCGGUCAUUCAGGGCAGUGUGGACAUCCAGGAGUGUGUCCUGGACUUUACAGACCUCGGGCGAGACCUGAGUCCAAUGGCCCCGCCUUCGAUUGUCAGACCAGACAAGGAGCCAAUCACAUACAAGCUCAUCCUUGUUUCCCGGAGGAGCAGGCAUAGAGCAGGAACGAGGUCUAAAAAGCGGGGCUUAGAUGAAUUCGGAGCCUGUGCAAACUAUGUAGAAACAGAACAGAUUAUAGAGUUCGGCCAUCACCGAGUGUCGUUCGUACAAGUUAGAGGCUCGAUCCCGGUCUUCUGGAGUCAGACAGGCGUCAAGUACAGGCCGCCACCAAAACUAGACAAAGGCGAGGCGGAGACGCACGAGGCGUUCCGGAAGCACAUUGAUGAGCAGAUGUACACGUACGGCUCCCUGGCGUGCGUCACUCUCACUGAGCUUCUGGGCAAGGAGAAAGUCAUCGGGGACGCUUACUUGUCGCACGUCAUCAAAUACAACUCCCCAGACAUCACAUACGUAACGUUUGACUUCCAUGAAUACUGUCGGGGUAUGAAGUUUGAGAAUGUCUCCAUCCUCACUUCGGCCAUAAAAGACAUCAUCAAGCACACGAGAUACUGCUGGGUUGAUUCGAAGGGUAUGAUAUGUGAACAGCGAGGCGUGUUCCGGGUAAACUGUGUGGACUGCCUGGACAGAACGAACGUCGUACAGACAGCCGUAGCCAGAAUCGUCAUGGAAACGCAGUGCCGGAAGUUGGGUCUUCUGGCGCCGGAAGAGACGUUGCCGGAUGCGUGCCGCCGGAAAUUCCAGCAGAUGUGGGCUAACACGGGUGAUGCAAUCAGCAAACAGUACGCUGGCACGGUCGCCCUCAAGGGCGACUUCACACGGACUGGGGAGCGGAAGAUAUCCGGAAUGAUGAAGGACGGGGUGAACUCGGCCAACAGGUACUACCUACGUUUCAAGGACACGUACCGUCAGGCGGCGAUCGACAUCACGCACGGGAAACCCGUCUCUGAGGACAUCAUGGACGGAAGGCUUAAGGUGCCCGAGGAUGACGUCAGAGAGUUGCUGGAGAAGGAGGAGAACGUGAAGCAGCUGAUCGAGGACUGCAAGCGGAUGUUGAUUGUGGAACCAGAGGAGUGUCUGGGCGGCUGGAGCCUCGUCAACGCCGACCCUGUGAGCGGGGAUCCAGAGCGGCAGGAAAUGGACGUGAUCAUGUUACUAAGUCAGCGGGCCGUCUACGUCGCCUGGUACGAUGAUGAUGAGGAGCAGGUUAUACAGUACCAGCGGAUCUUCCUGGAGGACAUCGAGCGGCUAGAGAUAGGCGCUGAGCACUCCCUGUUCAAGUCCAAGAGUAUCGUGAUGCGACUCUACUACCGGCACUUCGCCGACGAGGGAUUUUUCCACACAUUACGGGCUCCGGGUACCCGGCUUUUUAACAACUUGGUCAUUCCCGUCAAAACACCAGAGGAGGCGAAAGAGCAACUUACCGUGGUAUGUGAGGCGUUCAUAGCCGCCCAGACCCUGCUCAAGUUGGAACUGGUUGUGGAGGAGAAAAACAAGCUAGAUAAGCGAAAGACGCAGCCGCACCCUGAAGUAUGCGACAUCCACCAGCAGCUGCAGGAGAACUCGCUCUCUGCCAUUAAUCUGCCACGCGAUAUCUCCAACAUGGACCUGAACUCCGGCUCCCCUAGCCCCGCCCCCUCACCCAGUCUACCUCGCAGACACAUUCGUAGCGUGCAGGAAAAACGGGAACCAGACGCUGAUGGUAAUAAAGGGAGACUACUUAGUUCUGGAGACAGCAGAUCAAAGGGUGCAAUGGUUAAGUCCCUUCUGUCAGCAAUGCCCGGAGUCAAUAAGAAUACUGACGGAAACUUGGAAUUGUCGGUUCCUGGAAUAAAUAUCAAGCAGUUGAACAUUGUUGGUAAAAUCAAAUCUGGCAGUGCUGGAGCGGGUAAACUUCUAUCAAAAGUGCAAGGAGCAAACAUAUUCACGAGACAUGCAUCGAAAACCAAUCCUCAAACUUCUGAUGAAACUGAUGUGUUCAUUGAAGUUGAAUGUGACAGUAAAACGGAUAUGAAGAAGACAAUGGUUAAAGAGAGACAGAGAACGUUGAGCAGAGAUGAUUCCACUAUUGAUGAGCGGGAAAUAACCGAUGCCGAUCUAGAGGAGGAAGUAAUGUUGGAAAGUUGUGGAAUUCUCGCCACAAACGCGAAACAGAUGAUACAAUCUCCUCGGGCUUCUUUCGAGAAGGACGAAAACGUACCUAUGCAAACCGCUGACAUAACAGCUCAACAACGCGACUCCAUAUCGUUCCAUAUAGGUGAACCAAAGCAUGCAUUCGAAGGAAAGAUGGAAGAUGGUUUACUUAAAGCUGAUAUUAAGAACGAAGGUAUACUUGUCGAACAGAGAAGCGUACGAAGUGCCUCUUUCACCUCUAGCGACACUCGCUCCAACGAACCACCAUCCACAACGGAAGAUGUUUGGAUAAAACGCUCAGACAACAGCGAACAACCCACCGUUCCUCCUAAUCAUUUGUCUCUGGGACGAUCACGUGUUAUCGACAACUCGGAAGCGGACAAGAUACUCGCAAAGUACAGCUCUUCGAAGAAGGCCGCUCUCUCACAUCCGCACAUGCGCACUAGCAUGAGUGAUUCCGCCAUCGGCUCCACAGAUGUCGCGGUCACCUUUGAAAACUUCGAACCGGAAAGCCCGAAAUCUGCACUGGAAGUGAACUUCGAAAUUAACUCAAAUUUACAGAAAAAGUUACCAAACUUACUUCAAAGUGCCAAAAUGCCCCGCAAAAUCCACCGUAUAUAUGAUGGACUUAAGAAACAAAUUGAAAAGCAACUAGACGACAGGGUCUGUCAAAGUACCAUUAUAUUUGUAUGAACAUGUUGAGUUCUAUGGACACUGAUUGUUAAAUUGUAUGAAUGCUCAUUGUUAAUUUUUACGAGCACUGAUUGUUAAUUUGAAUGAAUGCUCAUUGUUUAUUUUCAUGAAUGGUCAUAGUUUAUUUGUAUUUAUACCAAUUGUUAAUUGUAUGAAAACUCAUUGUUGAUUUUUAAAAAAACCACUCAUUGAUUUUUGUAUGAAUGCUCAUUGUUUACGUGUAUGAACGCACAUUGUUUACUUGUCUGAACGCUCAUUGUUGACUUGUCUGAACGUUCAUUGUUUACUUUUAUGAACGCUCAUUGUUUACUUGUAUGAACGCUCAUUGUUUACUUGUCUGAACGCUCAUUGUUUACUCGUAUGAACGCUCAUUGUUUACUUGUCUGAAUGCUCAUUGUUUACUUGUCUGAACGCUUAUUGUUUACUUGUCUGAACGCUUAUUGUUUACUUGAAUGAACGCUCAUUGUUUACUUGUAUGAACGCUUAUUGUUUACUUGUUAAAAAACCCAUUGAUGUUUGUAUGGACGUUCAUUGUUUACUUGUCUGAACGUUCAUUGUUGAUAGGUGUUAACACCCAAUGUUGACUUCUUAGAACACUUACUAUUUCCUUAUUUGAAUAUCAUUGUUCACUUGUAUCAUUUUUUAUAUGUUUGAACAAAUAUUGUUUAUUUUUGUUUCAUUGUAUGAACAACCAUUGUUUAUUUGUUUGACAAAUCACUGUUUAUGAGUAUGAACGCUCAUUGCUUAUUUGCAUGAACGGUCAUAAUUUAUUUUUGUGAAAACUCAUUGGUUAUUUUUGUGUAAACUCAUUGUUUAUUUGUAUGAAAACUCAUUGUUUAUUUGUAUGAACGGUCAUUGGUUAUUUUUGUGUAAACUCAUUGUUUAUUUGUAUGAAAACUCAUUGUUUAUUUGUAUGAACGGUCAUUGUUUAGUUGUAUGAACGGUCAUUGUUUAUUGUUGUGAAAACUCAUUUUUUUAUUUUUGUGAGACUCAUUGUUAAUUUGUAUGAAAACUCAUUGUUUAUUUUUGUGAAAUCACAUUGUUUAUUUUUGUGACAACUCAUUGUUUAUUUGUAUGAACGGUUUUUGUUUAGUUGUAUGAACGGUCAUUGUUUAUUGUUGUGAAAACUCAUUGUUUAUUUUUCUGAAAACUCAUUGUUUAUUUGUAUGAACAGUCAUUGUUUAUUGUUGUGAAAACUCAUUGUUUAUUUUUCUGAAAACUCAUUGUUUAUUUGUAUGAACGGUCAUUGUUUAUUGUUGUGAAAACUCAUUGUUUAUUUUUCUGAAAACUCAUUGUUUAUUUUUCUGAAAACUCAUUGUUUAUUUGUAUGAACGGUCAUUGUUUUAUCUGUAUGAAGGAUCAUUGUUAUUUUUUAUAAAUGGUCAUUGUUUAUUUGUAUGAACAUUCAUUGUUUAGUUGUAUGAACGAUUAUUUUUCAUUUUUAUGAACGAUCAUUGUUUAUUCGCAUGAACGCUUAUUUUUUAUUUGUAUGAGCGAUCAUUGCCUUUCUGUAUGAUCGAUCAUUGUUUAUUUGUAUUCGCGAUCAUUGUUUAUUUUAUGGUCGGUUAUUGUUUAUUUUUAUGAACAGUAAUUGUAUAUUUGUAUGAAAACUCUUUGUAUAUAUGUAUGAACGAUCAUUGUUUAUUUGUAUGAGCAACAUUUGUUAAUUUGUAUGAGCAACCUUUGUUAAUUUGUAUGAGCAACCUUUGUUAAUUUGUGUGAGCAACCUUUGUUAAUUUGUAUGAGCAACCUUUGUUAAUUUGUAUGAGCAACCUUUGUUUAUUUGUAUGAGCAACCUUUGUUAAUUUGUUUGAGCAACCUUUGUUAAUUUGUGUGAGCAACCUUUGUUAAUUUGUAUGAGCAACCUUUGUUUAUUUGUAUGAGCAACUUUUGUUAAUUUGUGUGAGCAACCUUUGUUAAUUUGUGUGAGCAACCUUUGUUAAUUUGUAUGAGCAACAUUUGUUUAUUUGUAUGAAAGCUCAUUGUUUAUUUGUAUGAAAACUCGUUGUUGAUUUGUAUGAGCAACCUUUGUUAAUUUGUAUGAACACACAUUUGUGAUUUUUAGGAACCCUCAUUUUUUAUCUGCAACACUCGUUGUUGAUUCUAUGAAGGCGCAUUGUUCAUUUGUACGAACGCUAAUACUGUUUUUCUUUGAACACCUAUAGCAACUAUGUAAGUUAUAUGGUAAAGUUCUAUCAGCGUUUGGGCCGUUUUAAAUGUGUUAGGAAAACGGAGGAUUUGAUAUCAUGAUAAGAUAAGAGUAUUUAUUAAACAAUUUUGUUUUGCAAUAAUAUAAAUAACACUAGUUUAGUUAAAAUUGGAAAACGUCGGCCAUUUCCCAUCGAAAACAAUAUCGGAGGUAUGCAGGGUCAUUAGCAAAGGUAGUUCGUAAAAAAUAAAUAAUAGUAUUAAUUGAUUGUAUUGUUUUAAAGUUUAUUUUUAUAACUAAGUUCAAUUUGAUUCUCAGUGAAGUUUAUUAUUUCAUAAAUAAGUAAGAUUACUUAUAAUAAAACCUUAGGUUUGACGCGAUCUACUAUUAAAUUUAAAUUCUUAAUUCCUUUAAAAUAAUUUUACAAAAAUAAAUGGUAAUGUGACUUUUUCGCAUCAAACCGUUUAUUUGAGUAAGUCGUACUAAGUACAUUCAGUCAAAACUGGAUAUGUCGAAGUCGUUUGGACAUUGGAAAAGAACUUCGAGAUAACGAACAUUCGAUAUAACCGAAAAUCAAAACAUGUUCAACUUAACCCAACACAUUCGAAACAAGUUCGACAAAACCAAGACAUCGCUAUAACAGAGUUCGACAUAACGAGUUAUGUUUGUACCAAUUUGUUAUGUGUGUCUGUUUGUCAAUGAAAAUGUCCCAUAUAUAGUUACACUGUGUUCAUGUUGUUCAGUGACAAAACAAGAGUUAUCAAAACCUCACUGCAUUUAUCUAUUUUAAGUUGUUGUGCAAUUAUACAUCUGUAUUCAAUAUUUAUGUAAAGGCUUAAAGGCAAUUAUUUUCUACAUGAAUUGACUGCAAUUACGUGUUGGGAACCUCUUUUUCGCCGGGAAACAUGGGCUUUUCAGAAUUACUGAAUGUUUUCCCAUUAGAUUAUAUAGGGAGAAAAGUCUCAAUAGUUUACAUGACAGAAUGGUCAAUUUGUUAUCGUUCAUAUUUUGCUCGCUUUUGAUAUACAGUCUCACCCCGUUGGCUCGAACUCGCUUGGCUCGAUUUCCUCGUUGGCUCGAACUGUAAAUUUAGGACCGAUUUCUUUAUAAUAAAUGUAAGCAUUACCACUUGGCUCAAACUUCUCGAGGCUUGGGGUAUUUUCGCCGGUCCCUGGGAGUUCGAGCCAACGGGGUAUGACUGUAUUCCACAAAAUUCAAGAUAAGAACGAUAACUAAUACUUAUUCUUCAGGGAAUAUACCUGUACAUGUCCUUAUGUUUACUCAUUAGGAUUUUUCGGCCUAAGGACUGGCAUGUUAAGUCAGAAAUUGUAAAUAUACUAUCUUGACUAUACGGCCUUAAAGCUGCACCCCCACAGUCAGUUUUGACCUUAAGUUUUAGUCUCAGAAUCAGUUGAUUUUGGCAUCAAUUUCUUCAGUUGAGUCUUAUAAGAUAGCUCACUAUAAAAAAGAUCUUAAUUUUUUGGAAGCUGCCGAAAACUCAUUUGCUGAAAGCGUUAGUAACGCUUUUAACUAUAAAACAUCAAUUUUCGAGCGUUAAUAUGAAAAACGAUCUGCGAACUUAUAUUUUGUUUUGUCAGCAAUCAUAUAUCACUGGUUGCCCGACAUUUGCGCAAAAAAAGGCUCAUUCCAACAAAAAAAAAGUUGUCAAAAAAGUUGUCAAACGGCCAUUCUGUGAGAGUGCAGCUUUAAGGCGAAAACAUUGAAAACGAAGAAAGUGAAGGAUUUAUUGCAAUGUUAUACACCUAUGUUGACACGUUUUCUCCUUGUGACAGAAGUUGUUCUCAUGUAUUUUUUUUAUUUGCACCUUUAUAUUUUGUGCAGUGUAUCAAUGUAAUUACACGUUUACAUCACUUAGGAGUUGUUACAUAUAAAAAUGGCCGCAUUUGUAUUUGAUGGUUUGAAGUAUUUACAUAGUAUUGUUUGCAUUUUUUAUAGUGAACAUACAUUAUAUGAUUCUAAAAUUGUGCUGAACUAACAUUUUGGAAUGCUUUAAGGUUAUCCAAAAAACGAGUGCAUUCAGUUGCAUGCGAUGACUCGUUGUUUGGAUUAUCUUAAAGGAUUCUUUAUGCUGAUUUAUAGUUUUUCUAUUUCCCAUGACGUGUUGCUAAAGAAAAAGCGCUAUGUAACGAUACCAACCGGAACACCUCGGUCAUUUCCAAUCGAAAACAGUAUAGCGAUGGCACCAUUUAAAAAAGCCGAACCUACAUUUUUUGCUAUUUCGGGGUUUUCAUCUUUUUAUUAACAUAUUUUAGUUUGCCGCCUUUUUGAAAACACCGGACUUAACAGCCAAUAGAAAUUGAGUUUACCGGUCAGAAGAAGUUGGAGAAAACCCCGAACCUACAUGUCAUUGUAUAUGGCAUUUUUAAAUGGUUCCAUCGAUAGGGUGUAUAUUUACGUUUUAUUAUAUCAAAAUUCAUUUAAAACAAAUAUGACCCAAGAAGUUCGCGGAUUAAUUUCAAUAUAGCAGUCCAACCUCUUGGAUGGAAUAACCAUGCUCUGAUUGGCUGUCAUAUGAAACAUUGCGCAGUCACUUCCGAAUGUGUGUAAUUUGCCUAGAAAAGGCUUUUGAUUACAUAGUUCAGUUCGUGCCAAUUGCUAAUUUUGUAACGUUACAAAGCGCUUUUUAAUAAGCAACUCGUAAACCGUAGGCAUGUUUCGUCUAACAGUCAUUAAUCUUUUUAAAUGAAACAGAGAAUUCUUUUUACACAAAACACUAUGCGUAUGUGUAGCAAGGCCCACAACGCUUGCGUUUAAUAGUUUUUGGAGUUACUCCCCUUUUCGACUAAAAAAUCAACAUUUAGUCAUACACUAAGGGUUACAUCCGAUUCCACACGAUGAUAUAUUCAAAAUCGGCUUUACAUAUAUUCAAACAAAAAUACCUCUAUUUAGUUUUACAUUCCAGUGGUAUUUGAACUUAUGUCUAGCCUUUCAAUACCAUUGUUUUCGUCGGGAAGAAUAUAUACAUCUCGAAGUAACACUUUAAUGUGUUUUUAAUAAUCAAAACUAUGUGAAUGUCAAUCUUCAGGUCUUGAAAUAAAGUAUGUUCACUUCA